ACCGUCUCGUCCCCCAAGAUUACGUCUCGGCCGGAGCCCCGCCCUUUAUCGGCCACACCUCGCCGCCUCCCGCCACCGGGCACCGACUGAAACUCGCGUGCUCGUCGGCGGACGCCGGUGACGCGGCCAGGUUCCGUCUCUCCACAUCUCUCUCGCUCGCUGCCUCGGCCCCCACCAUUCCUCGACUCUUUCUCGGUACGUCGCCGCCGCCUUAACCCGCUCUUCCGACUGCCGGGACGACCAACUUCGGCUCUCGGCCGCUCCUUCGUGGGAAAGCGGGCAUCAGCGGUUGCCUCGAGAAGGUACACAGUGGGAGACUAUGGAGGCAGCGGGAAGGGUGGGGACUUCGUCGGAACCUACUAUCUGGGGAGACAUCGACAUCUGCGAGAGUUACCUGGUGUGCUCUAUGUACGAGGAGGCGGCUUCGUUGGCCUCCUCUGUUCUGGAGCGUCUCUGUCGGAACAAGAGUGAUCUCCUUGGAGAAUCAGGAGACGGUCUUUCGCAGCUGCAUGACAUGAUGGAAUCGGCUGGGAUGGUGUUAGUGCAGUCUUUGAAAGAAAUGGGGAGGACUGCAGAAAUUCUGCAUAAGCUAACGGAAUUGUUCAGUUCUGUUGCUGCCAUCCCCGUUGAAGUUCUCCAAAUUGGGGCCUGUUUGCAGAUUUCGGAAGGUUCUCCAGGGGUUCGAAAAGUUCUAGAGGAGUUCCUCAGCAACUGGAACUAUGUGGAUGAGAAAUAUUACAGUCCUGUCAAUGCAGAGGCAAAUGUUAAUUGCACAGAAAUUUGUGAUGGACAUUUUGUUUUGGGAGUUGAUAAAUAUUUGGGAGUUGUUGACAUUUAUGCGCUGACUUUACUGGCUAGAAUAUUGGGUGAAUUUGAACCGGCCAUAAGUUGGGUUGAGAAAGCUGCAUUGCCUAAGGAUAAGAGGCAGGACUUGCUCAGAAGGUUGCAUUCGCUAUAUGCUAUCAAGGCCACUAGCUUAUCACAAGAUCCCCUGUCACAUAUGCUAAAUGAGCAUGAAGUUCCUUUAAUAGGAGAAGCGAAUGCAUCGGAAGAAUUUAUUAGAUCCGUAGGACAGAAAAGCAUGCCAAACAGAGAACAUGAUCGGAAACUAGCAAUUCUGAAGUUGUAUGGACAAGGCAAGCCAUGUUUCUGGUUGUUUCAGUCAAUCAACGUGAGAUUUGGCAAUUUUCGGUUAGUCCUAUCUAAUGGGAAGAUCUUGCUGGGAUGCCUGAUGCUGCUCGCAUAUUUCAUUGUGCGAAGAGAGCGAUCUGCCUUGAAUAGGUACAUCAAGAGACAGGCUUUGGCGCUGAAGAAUGCUUUGGUAGAUUUUUGGCAGCUUGCAUUUUCUUACCAGGUGAACCCUUUAGCGGCUGUUCAACCCCCUGCUUCCAUGCCUGCCCGGCCCUAAGAAGUGUUAUCC